AUGGCUGAUGCCCCGAAGCCCCCCACUGCUGGGUGGCGCAUUCCGAAGGCCUGCCAGGAGUGUCGAAAGCGCAAGAUCCGCUGUAAUGGAUUGAACCCGUGCAAAACAUGUCAGCAACGAAACACUCCAUGUCUCUACAGAGAGGUCAUCCGCACCCGAAGGAAAAAGAAUGCAUAUGCAUCGCCAGAUAAUGAGGCACAGCUGGACAAUGAGGAGAGGCACUCCCAUGAGCCCUCUCCGCCGGUUCCUCAGUCGUUUAAGACGGGAGGCCCUUCAAUGAUGCUCCAGUUCCCCAAUAGUGUAUCUGCAACUCACAUGGCAUCGCCUUCAUGUCAGAUGCAGCUAUACUAUGGCCCAUCAUCGCACUUUUCACUCAUGCAACACAUCUAUCGUGAUCUUGUUUUCACCCCAACCAUUCACCCUGCACCCUCGGGCGAAGUCGAAGAAGCAGGCGCAGGUCUGGACUUGUUCAGCUUCCGGCGCAUCUUCUUUGGAACUCCCGAUGCCCACGAAAUCGGCAAAACUGCCGGCCCGGGCAACAUCCCGAUGAUGUUCUUGCCAUAUGAGCUAGCGAAGCUGUUUCUCUCACGGUACUUGACUCAUCUGUAUCAUAUGCUGCCCCAUCGGCCCAAGGCGUACUACGAGCAAUGUCUGGAGAAGCUCUACAACCCGUCUCCUACCAUUCAACCCGAUACGCUUACUCAAGCCAUCGUCUUACUCGGGCUAGCAACGGGCUCGCUAGGCACUGAGCACUAUGCAUGGGGAGAUAUCCUCUUUGAUCGUGUCAAGGCCUCGGUGGUCUCAUAUGACGAUGUUGUAAACCUACAGACUGUGCAAAUCUCAAUCCUUAUGAUAAGUCCCCCCCUGCUUCCUCGUCACUACGCCUGCUAUCAAAAUGAACAAGGUCGGCCUAAUUCAGCGUUCUUGCAUCUUGGAUCAGCCACUCGCAAAGCUUAUUCCGCCGGCCUGCACAAAGACGUUCCUGAAGGUGAUUCUGAAGACCAGGAGACCGUCGAAGAGCGACGAAUCACAUUUUGGUGUCUCUAUGCCUUUGAAACUCGUCUCAGGUGGUUUUGCUUCCACGUCGGACGACCAAGUUCAUUAUCUCUCAAAGAUGUCGCCAUUGAACAUUCAAAAAAUCCCUUUGUUCGACUCUUGGCUGAACUCUGCAAGACUGUCUCUCGUUCAUGCAAUGAGAUUUACGGUCAACGCCACGAGUCAUUGUUGCACAUGUGGCGAGUGGCCCGCUCAAUUACACAUGAUCUCCGUAGCCACGAGGUACAAAUGCAGCAGGAACUAGGAUUUGGUCUUAAUGCGAGCGUUAAGACUGGUUCUCUGGCUGUGUGCCAGACAAUACUUAUUACCUUGUACUAUCAUACCCUCCUUCUGACCUUCCGGCCGUUCCUAAUGUUCCGUGGUCACUGGCAACGGGACAUGAAAUCAUCCCUUCAACAGCCCGGUGGAGGCUCGGCCAGUCGUCCAACCGAGAUGCCGACAUGGUUGAACGACGCUUGCAACCACGCCCUCACAGCUGCGAGGAAGACUAUCCAUCAUCUCUGUGAAGCGUCUCGCGGUAAUGAUAUUAUUAGACAACUACGAUACCAUGGAUAUUUCCACGGCAGCUCUACAUUCACACUAAUAUACGACCUUCUUCACGACCCAAGUACAGCAACAACUCACCUGCCCUGGAUAUACGCUUCUCUGCAGAAUUUGUCCACCAUGCGAGAAGGCGACCCAAUUCAAAGCACCAUUUCCUCCAUCCAAACAACCCUCCGUAGAAUCAACCCUUCCUACGAAUGGUUACCUUAUCCAACGGCCGAAGAAAGCACAACAAUACCCUCACAGAGAGUAGCCUCCAUCUCUCAACCUCUAGGCACUCUCGACCAUCAGACAUGGAUACCCCCGAAUUCAUCGCUCCCCCAAACACCCUUUUUCAGCCAACAGCCAGACCUGUCAUCACCGCAGUGGAAUUUGCCAUUACUCGAAAACCCCGAAACCGGAGGAUCGGGUGCUUCAAAUGACGAUCUUUUGGAUUUCACCCGGUCCGAUAUGGGCUGGAAUUUUGAUUUUUCGACAAUGGACCUGGACGCCUUUUUCUCGACAUACCAGGCUGCGGAGCCUUCUUUUCAAUGA